GGAGGGGAAAGGCAAGGGGAGACCCAGCCAGCCCGGCCUUAUACGUUCCGCUCCGGUGUGGUUGCAACGGGGCUCCGAGCGCGCAGCUACCUCCGCCUCCUCCUUCGCCUUAAACCCGGCUUGAAGGGACGGAUCGGCUCCGGCACUGGCAGGGAGCCUUUCAGACGGAGGACAGAGCAGGAGGAAGGGGCCCAACUUGAGGAAACUAACACUAUCCCAAGAAGUAUUCUCCUCCCCUGAAGUGGUUGCUGCUGGGGCACCCCUUGAACAUUUGUUGAAGUGGAGCGAAGAAAGACAAGAUGGGACGGUCUGUCUGGCUACUCCAAUUCUGCUGAAAAAGCAAAAGAAAUGCAUCUGGGGCUUUGGGCACUCUUAUAUCUCUGAAGAAGUCCUUCUUCACCAAUUUCCUCCUGUUGUGGAUCGAUCCAGCGCUGAAACUCCGCAGGCUUCUUCGGCUCCAUCUUGUUUCGCCAUCUCCAAUGUGCCGCCAUUUUGUGGUGGAUUAUCGGCCAGUCGUUCUGCGAGAUCCUUGCGUUGCUUCUUCUUGACCAGAAAACUGGAAGGCAGAUUGUGCCUCAUCCUCCCUUCUCCUUGGAUUUAUACGUUUCUUCUCUUGGCUCUUCCUUUUCCUACCUCAAAAGCCGAUUUGACAAAGUUUAAACAUUUUCCAAAAACGGUUAUCCAAAAUGACAAGUCUGUUCCGACGGAGCAGCAGCAAUGGUGGCUCGAGGAACAGUUCUUCCGCUCAAGAACUUAACAAUAGCCGCCCCGCAAGGCAAGUACGGAGGCUGGAGUUUAACCAGGCGAUGGAGGAUUUCAAGACCAUGUUCCCCAACAUGGAUUAUGACAUCAUUGAAUGUGUCUUGAGGGCCAACAAUGGUGCAGUAGAUGCCACCAUUGAUCAACUACUACAGAUGAAUUUGGACUGCAGCGAAUGUGACGAGAGUUCGGAUUCAGACGACAGCAUUCCUCCGGAGAUUCUGGAACGAACUUUGGAACCAGACAGUUCAGACGAGGAGCCCCCUCCAGUGUAUUCACCUCCUUCCUACGAUAUGCAUAUAUAUGACCGAAAGUACAUGGAGACUCCUCCAGUACCACCACCCAGAACUGAUAUCCAAAAUUCCAGCGGUUCACAAGCACAAAGGCGAUACAGGGACUGGAAUCCACCAUUAUUAGGGAAUCUUCCGGAUGACUUUCUCCGCAUCUUACCACAGCAAAUGGAUAUGGUGCAGAGCACCCAAAACUGUCAUCAAAGCACACAGAGUCCUGGGAACCAGAGCGCUCAGGGGUCAUUGGAUCAGGAGAAGAAAUGGAAGCAGUAUUUGGAAGAUGAACGGAUUGCUCUGUUCCUCCAGAAUGAAGAAUUCAUGAAGGAACUUCAGAGAAAUCGCGAUUUCCUCCUGGCCCUUGAAAAAGAUCGGUUAAAAUAUGAAUCAAAGAAAUCCAGAAUGAACAACGCUGCCCUCAGUUCAGAUCCCGCUUUGUCCUCAAUAUUAUCAGCUACACGCAAGAAGUUGUUUGAACUUGCCAGAGCUUUCUCAGAAAAGACUAAAAUGAGGAAGUCAAAAAGAAAACAGCUUUUGAAGCACCAAGUGAUGGGGACUGCAGCCUCAACAGCAAACCUUCUUGAUGACAUUGAAGGACAUUCAUGUGAUGAGGACUGCCAAAUAAGAAGAAAGUUACCUGCAGCAGAAGAACCAUCAAAAGAAGUACAAUAAGAUCCAGAAUUGGCAACUGGGGGGAGGGGGGAGAAGCCAAAUAAGAUGAGAAACCAUGAUGGUUAAAAGGGAAGAUAAUUUUUACGCUGGUGACUCUAUUCUGGAACGAUCCAAGGCUUCUCCGAAUUCAACCGCAUGGGAACAUGAAGGCACGUUAUGAUUUUUUUUUUAUCCAGUGACUAAGAAUUUGGGUCUUACUCUUACGUUUUUUUUUUCAACUCUGAGGAAUCCAGCUCCCCCACCACCACCAAAAAAAAAAGGGGGGGGAGAGAGAAAACUGACAAUUCACCUAAUCUUUUAUACACCAAUCUUUGAAGCUGGAUAAUGAUAAUCUGUUAUCAAAUGUGGUUCAGAAUGUAUGAAAAAAAAAGCCCCACCCAUUGUUCCAAAGUGGUUUCUGGUCGGUGUUUUUGCAUCAUGACUUUUGAACGAAUGGAUACUUGUGUCCUUUCAUCCAGAUAGAGGGUGGCCCACCAGAUUUUGCUGUAUUGUGGAUGAUGAUUUUUACUAUAAUUAUAUAAUUAUUGCUGCUAAUAGAAAAGAAACCUGAAUCAUGCUAUUUGAGUGUGAUAGUUAGAAUAAUAUAAUUUUUUCCCCUCCAUGAAAAAGUGUUCCUGCAGGUCCCUUCCACAAUCAGAAACUAUUCAUGAUAAAUAUAUUUCCCCUUAUUCAGGGGGUGUCUGUGGGGGGGGGGGUCAAAAAAGUCAAGAACACAUCU